AUGCUUGGGGCCAAUUUGUUUGGCCACGAAGAUGAGGACUGGGAACGAGAAGUAAUUGCCACUAUUAGGGAGUUGAAGUCCCGUGGUAUUGAUGAAGAAGGUCGAGUGACCUGGCAGAGGUCGCAUAUGGCUGUACAGCCAGCGCUGUCUGCUCACGAUGACGAUAGCUCCGCAGGAUUCAGCCACAAAUUGAGGACUCCCAAGCCGACCCUCACCGUUGGCUUUACUGAAGACGCGGUGUAUGGUGGAAGCGCUGCAUACCGUGAAAUUCCACUUGAAGAAUGGAAACGAUCAGCGCUGCCCAUAAUUCCUGUCAAGCCUACAUGGGUUUUUGACGUUCAGCUGCCGUACCUUCUCGUCGAAUGCCGGUCCGAAACCAACACAUCACUCCUCUCCGCUCAGAACCAGGCCGCGGUUGCCGGCGCCAGCGCACUCAACAUCAUGCAAGGCAUACCCCAUCUAGCCGAACAGCAUGGAUGGGAACCAUUCGUCUUCAGCUUGACCAGCGACGGACCCAUCGUGGAGUUGUGGAUCCACUUCCUGACGGGUCGGUCUGGCGAGAGGUAUUGCAUGGCGAAGUUGUCGUAUGCGCGGCUCACGGACGAGAAAGGGACUCGCAAGAUCGCGGAGGAUAUUGCGGCCGUGAUGAAAUGGGCGCAUACUGAAUUGUUGCCUCGUGUGGUCGAGGCUGUGAAGGAGUCGAGUCCGUGA